AAGUACAGCAUCUCCUUUAACGCAGAGACAGAGCUGAGCAGCGGAGGGCAGAGCAUGUCGACAUUAAGCUGAGGGGACGUCCCAGGGCCUAUGUGAUAUUUGGAUGUGGACGACUCGGCUGGUGAUAUGUAGCGCCUUCAGCGGGUGAUUUUCCAUUGGCGAGGACGAGCCGAUGAGUUGUAAAAGGAAUGGCCAUAUUUAAGAAUGUCUGGAUCACUCUCGCCGUUGAGAUACUUGUAGUUUUGGGAAAGGUGACUUUGGAUGAGCACUCGAGUCGUCUGGCUUUACAGGAAAGCCAUGAAAGUCCCUGGCUGCCUCACACCCGUCAGAGGAGGAACGCUUUGCCAUCUCACGAGGAGUAUGAGGUGGACCUGGAGCUGAACCUGACAGACAUCAGCACACUGGACCAGAUCAGGAGCUUCCUUCACAGCAUCAACGGUUCCCUUUCGCUGAGAUCAGACGUGAAUGUUACACACUUGGAAAUCACCACAGUGUGUUCCCCGAAUGGAAGUGACUUCCAGUGCAGAUGCGAGGACACGUUCUCCUGGUCUCGUGAAGACUGUCUCACGUACGGAGCCUGCAGCGACAUUGUUAGUGACAGCUGUUCAUGUAUCUCCAGUCUCCCAUCCGAUGGACCAUACUGCGAGCCGCGACAGACACCUGCAGUGGUUUAUGAAUACCAGAUUUUGUUGGAGGUCAACACGACUUCCCUCAGUGAGCUGAGAAACAGCAUAAAUCUCAUUUUCCCCCUUCAAAUCAACUCUAGUGUCAACGUCUCAGCUGCCGUGGUCACUACAGUCUGCUCUCCGAGCAGCGACGGCUUCCAGUGCAGGUGCGAGGAGGAGUACCGCUGGUCAUGUGACCAGUGCGAGACGUACCAGUCGUGUGACAACGUCACCGACAGCACGUGUGGAUGCAUCAGCGGGAUCCCGGCCGGUGGGCCGUUCUGCCUGUCCGAGGCCGAACACGACUUUACAGAGUGUCAUACAACAACACCAACAACAGCAACACCAACAUCAACGUCAACACCAACAACACAAACAGCAACACCAACAUCAACCAACACCAACAUCAACGUCAACACCAACAACACAAACAGCAACACCAACAUCAACGUCAACACCAACAACAGCAACACCAACAUCAACCCAACAACAGCAACAACGGCAACGCCAACAUCAACAACAACAGAAACAACAAAUCCACCAGACUUCCAGGAGUAUCUGGUGUUUUUCGAGUUGAAGCUCACUGACGGUCGGCUCGUACAGAGAGUGAGGGAUCGCCUUCGAGAAAGCUCACCCUUCAUCUCUCACUCCUUCCAGAUCUCAUCCAUCAACACUUCUACAGUUUGCUCGCCGAGCGGUGGCGAUUUCCAGUGCGUGUGCGAGGAUCGGUAUCGGUGGUCCUGCGAGCAGUGUGAAAGGUACGAGUCCUGCGACAACGACACUGUCUACGGCGACACGUGUGGAUGUGUCAGCAGGAUUCCCCCCGAUGGAGCCUUCUGCCGGUCUGUGGAGGAGCACAACUUUACUGAAUGCAGCAUAACAACAGCUGCACCAACAACAGACUCAACAUCUGCUGCCCCAACAAAUAUGUCCACGACAGGCACAAGCCCUGAAACAAAUGCGACAACAGUUUCCACGACUGGUGAGAGUACGACAACAGUUCCUGAAACGACAAAUGCGACAACAGUUUCCACAACUCGUGAGAGCACGACAGUCACUGCAGCACCGACAACAAAUUCAACAACAGUUUCCACAACUGGUGUAAAUUCAACCACAGCUCCUCCACCACGGACAAAUGCGACAACAAUUUCCACAACUGGUGAGAGCACGACAGUUACUGCAGCACCGACAACAAAUUCAACAACAUUUUCCACAACUGGUGUAAAUUCAACCACAGCACCUCCACCAACGACAAAUGCGACAACAGUUUCCACAACUGGUGAGAGCACGACAGUCACUGCAGCACCGACAACAAAGUCAACAACAGUUUCCACUGCUGGUGUGAAUUCAACCACAGCUCCUCCUCCUCCAUUGACAAAUGCGACAACAGUUUCCACAACUGGUGAGAGCACGACAGUUACACCAGCACCGACAACAAUCACUCCCAGCACCAGGCCUACCACCCUCACAACCCCUAAAGUUCCAGUCACUCCCAGCACCAAGGUUACCACCACCACAACCCCUGAAGCUCCAGUCACUCCCAGCACCAGUCCUACCACCCCCACAACCCCUGAGCCUCCAGUUACGACACUGACGAUGUCGGUCAGAUUAGACCUGAAUUACACAGACGAUUUGGCAAACACUGAGAGCGAUCGUUACAUACAGCUGUCAACUGACUUAAAUGGCGUGUUCAGAGAAGAGUAUCAGAGCAUCACUGGCUUCCGUGGAGUGUUUGUAACAGGAUUCGGACCUGGAAGUGUGAUUGUAGACUUCAGCAUUCAAACAACUGCAUUCCUUGCGGAUGAAAUCAGGAAUAUUAAUGAAAACCUGGGAAGGGCCCUGGCGAGAAUUGCUCCUGUCAUUGGCUCAGUUGUUGCACAGUACAACAGUGGCAAUCCAAUUAACAAACCAGCAACCACUUUCACCAGUCAAGACAUGACGCUGACAUGUGGCCCUCCAGAAGUCGAUGUGGGAAGGAUCUCAGACUCACAGUGGAAACUUGAUGGUUCUGAAAUCAUGGACGGCAGACGGCAAAUAGUUCUUGAUAACAAUAUAUCCACGCUGACAGUGACGAACGUCAUUCGGGCUGAUGAUGGAGACUAUGAAUGCACUCUGAGAGGAGAAACGUUCAAUUACUUCCAGAGGGGAUUAGUGCCAUCCAGUGCCAUUAGAUCAGCCCCGAUUGUGCGUCUGAGAGAUAUGAUUAACAUUGAAUGUGAGGUGGGGCAGCGACAAUCCCUGGAGUGCUGCGUGCAGCCCCCCUUUGAAGUCAUCUGGCGAGGCAAUGAUGGUGUACUGGAAUCGGAACCAGCGGCCGAAGCAGGCUGCAUCAGAAGUGAUUACACAGUAGAAAGCUGCGCCCAGCCAGAGGUGACAGAGACUUUUACCUGUCAGGUUGUGGGCAGAGAGGAGGAAUUCAGCAGUACAACAACACUGACCAUUUUUAAUACAGGUGGUGUGUGUAACGAUGGCGUCUAUGGACAAGGACGACUGGGCGACCGAGCAAGUGCGAGGUGUGCUCCAAACCAGAAGGGGACCAGGACUGCUGUGUGUCGGGAGACAGGCUGGGAGGUCGAGGAGGACACCUGCAUUCUGACACAAAUCAAUGAGUUACUGAUUAAUUCAGAGGAUUUGACUGAGGAGGAAGUGCCAGAGUUUACAGAGCAAUUAAGCGAGGCCGUCCAAAACGCCACCGACGAGAUCAGCCAAUCACCUGCGACCAUCGAUGCAGUUGUUCAGAUUCUGAACACUAUUGCUAAUACUGCUGUUGUUGUCAGUGAGGACGUCACUGAGAAUGUGCUGGAGAUUGUCGAUGGGAUCAUUGGGGACAAUGCAAGGGAUUCCUGGGGUUUUCUGAACACAAAUGAAACCCGAAACACCAGUUCAGGUUUGCUGGGCUCGUUGGAGACACUCACUGACAGAGUCGAUGGAUUUUUUGCAAUCGAGACUCCACUGAUCCUGUUCAACAGAACGGCCUUCAACGACUCUUUCAUGGCCAAUUUGAACUCCAGCGUGUCCGUCAACAUCCCGGCGAGUGACAAUUCCAACGUCAACAUCACCACCAUCACAUUCCCAACGCUGAACAACGUCAUGCCAGCUAGAAACUCUUCCUUUGAGUUCAGCUCCUUCAGCUCCUUCAGCUCCUCCAACGACACUAACGAGACCGCCAUCGCAAUCAACGCCGCUGUGGUGCUGAUCAAAAUCAGUAAUACCGUCCCAAACGUCACCCUGAGCUACCAGAAGCUCAACACGUCUCUGGAAGAGGACCCACAGUGCGUCUUCUGGAAUUUCACGCUCUUCAAUUCCCUGGGUGCUUGGGAUGAUCAGGGAUGCGAGUUGGUUUCCCAAAUCAACGACACUGUAACCUGCACCUGCAACCACCUCACGUCCUUCUCGAUUCUGAUGUCCACUAACAUCCCAGAGGAAAUCAGAGUCCUUCUGGAUGUCAUCACCUACGUCGGCGUUGGGAUUUCAAUGGGGAGCUUAGUGAUAUGCCUCAUCAUUGAAGGUUACGUUUGGAAAGAAAUUACCAGGAACAGCACUGCCUUCAUGCGUCACGUUUCCAUCAUCAACACUGCUCUGUCUCUGCUGAUCGCCAACAUCUGCUUCAUCAUUGCCGCUGCCAUCGCGGACAACGAAAGUGAAAAUCCCGGUGAAGACCACACAGUCCCAGUGGGACCAUGCAGCACGGCCACAUUUUUCAUGCACUUUUUCUACCUGGCCGUCUUCUUUUGGAUGCUGGUUUCGGGCCUUCUGCUCCUUUACCGGACGGUCAUGAUCUUCUCCCAGAUGUCCAAGUCCACCAUGUUGGCCAUCGGCUUCACUUUAGGCUAUGUCUGCCCUCUGCUCACCGCGGUCAUCACCAUUGCCGUCACCGCACCGGGACGUGGCUACAUAAGGAAAGAUUUAGCUUGCUGGCUCAACUGGAGAGAGACAGGGGCCCUGCUGGCCAUGGUCAUACCGGCUUUGGUCAUUGUUCUCAUCAACUUUAUCAUUGUGAUCAUUGUCUUGUUUAAAAUGCUCAGACGAGGUGUGGGCAGCACCGCUCAGCCAGGUGACAAGAACUCUCUGGUGGUCAUCAUACGAUGUCUGGUCAUUCUGACCCCCCUGUUUGGACUGACCUGGGGGCUGGGAGUGGGAACCAUGAUAUCGCCAAGUAACAGAGGCAUCCACAUCGCCUUCGCAUUCUUCAAUUCAUUCCAGGGUUUCUUCAUUCUGGUGUUUGGGACUCUACUUGAUUCAAAGAUCCGUGCUCUCCUCUCAAAACAAAGACCUGCUGUGAGCAGCGGCUCUCAUCCAACACAAAGCACCAGCAGAGGCAUUUCUUCCUUGACUGGAAGUAACUUCUUGAACCGUUUCCGGAGAAAUAGAAAUAUCUACAGAGUGUCAGAGGCCACGAACUCAAACGUGAACAGCAGUAGUGCAUCCGAGACAUUCAUUCAUAGCUGAGUCAAGUCGGCCAAUGCAGCGCCACAGUUUGAAAGUGCAAUAUUUUUCAUCAAAUGUUUCAUGUUGUAGAAUUUUAAAUGAAUCUGCAGAAUGUUUUCUUUCAUAGUUGUUUUUCCCUCGAGCUGAAGCUCUGAUGUGAUUCAUUUGUGACUCAUUAAUUCUUUCCUGAAUCAGUGUUAGCAUUGUUUUCUCACUUCGGGAAAAGCAAACCUGACAAUAACAACCUGAACAACUGACAGUUUGCCCUGUUGUGAAAUUUUUCCAUGAUUUUUUUUUUUUUCAAGAUGAAGUCUGUAAUAAAAUUGUACAUAUUCAA